GACCUUGAACUUACACUUAUAGAACUUCUCGAUAUGAUAUUUAAAUACUUGUUAUGGAUCCCAAGUGCGACUGUGGAGCCAGAUGUCAUGAUCACAAUCGUGGUGCGUUCAUAUGAAAAGUACAAAAAGCCCACCUACAAGCCUGCUCUCUGGAACGAGACCCGUCCAAUUUAUAGCGAUGAUCCAACAUACGAACCCUGGAGAGAAUCAGUAAUGACCAAAGAAAAAAAGAUAUUCCAUGGGGGAAGGGAAGUUAUACAAUUGAAUAGGAUUUUGCGUCAAGCGAUUGAUGCUACUUGCCUCCGAACUUGCACAGGAUUCUUUAAAUUCGGUUCUGAAAUUCUCUACCGGGAUAACAUCCUUACAUUCCCUGUUGAGAGUGUCGGGCCUUUUAGAAAAGAAAAAUCUUGGAUGAAAGGAGAAUUUUACAAUCCUGUUCAUGAAAAGCCGGAACUUGGUCAAUUAUAUGAUUGGCCACAAGCAAUACCCUAUAUCAUAGAGCAGAUUAGGCAAGGCGUUCCAAUAAAGGAAUUAGCUGGCUUAAAUAUGUCAAGUCUUUGGCUCUUCGUUCUGGGGAUACAGGUGGAUUAAAAUAUGCUUAUGAUGACCCUGAUCGGACUUAUGGUUAUCA